GCCUGGGCGCCCUGUGACGUCACUCGGAGGCGCCCUCGCGGCGCGGCACGCGGAUCCCGGGGGCUUCUGGGUAGCGGAUUACCCCCGCCCCCCGCGCCUGCGACUUCCUUUCCGUCCCUGACGCCGCCGAGGUCGCACGCGUGAGGCUAGUCCGCCGCCGAGAUGCGCUACGUCGCCUCCUAUCUGCUGGCCGCCCUCGGGGGCAAUGCCUCCCCCAGUGCCAAGGACAUCAAGAAGAUUCUGGACAGCGUGGGCAUCGAGGCGGACGACGACCGGCUCAACAAGGUCAUCAGUGAGCUGAACGGAAAAAACAUCGAAGACGUCAUUGCCCAGGGUAUUGGCAAGCUGGCCAGUGUGCCUGCUGGUGGGGCGGUGGCCGUCUCUGCUGCCCCAGGAUCUGCAGCUCCCGCUGCUGGUUCCACCCCAGCUGCAGCAGAGGAGAAGAAAGACGAGAAGAAGGAAGAAUCAGAGGAGUCGGAUGAUGACAUGGGAUUUGGCUUGUUUGAUUAGAGUCCUGCUCUCCUGCAAAUAAAACCCUUUUUACGUA